CGGGGGCCAGGGCAUGGGCGGGAUGGGGGGCAUGAACGCGGGGAUGGGGAUGGCCGCGCCGUCGACGCACGCGCAGGGAUGGGGCCGUUCCAGAACUUUGGGCUGCACCCGGCGCAGCUGGCGGCGCUCGCGCACCUGCCGCCCGCGGAGAGGGACAAGCAACUGAUGCAGAUGAAGGCGAUGCAUAUGCAGAGGGCGGCGGCGAUGCGCGAGAGGCAGGCGCAGGGCCAUGGCGGGGCAAGGAAUGCAGGGUAUGCAGGCAUGCAGGGCGGGAUGGGCGGCAUGCAAGGGAUGCAAGGUAUGCAGGGUAUGCAGGGUGGUAUGCAAGGGAUGCAAGGCGGCGCGCAAGGCAUGAGCCCCGCCCAUGAACGCUUCCAACAGCUCUCGCAGGGCCAGUACGACCCCCACCAACGCCCGUCCUCCGCCGCAUCGACGAGCUCGCACCGUGCGUCCAGCGUCCAGCCCUCAGGUCUGCCCAAUAUGGGUCACCCUCAAGCGCAUCAGAGCCAGAUGAUGCCGCCCCCAACUGCGAUCCCUCCUCGACAAAUGCAGUACGGUAACCUCGGCGCGCCGAGUCCGCGGCCGCACACAGCAGGUGGACCAGGUGCGACGCCGAGCCCGCGCAUACACUCAGGACCGCUGCCAACAGGGACACCCGCGCAAAUGAACCAAGCCCAAGCUCAGCUUCAGGAGGGCAUGAAAGUGCCGAGUCGACCUACGACGGCGUCUGGGUUCGCGCAAUCUCACCACCAACAACAAGCAGGACAGAACGCGAUGUUGAACGCGAACGGAGGCCAGCAGGCUGCCAAGAGCCCCGGUGGUUAUCCGCCCAUCGCGCCCGCGCCGAUUGCGCCAGGGAGCCCGGGCGCGGGGCGAAGAGGAAGGUGGGAGGGACGCCCGUUCCCGGAGGACAACCCGGCCAGCAACACGGACCUCAGGCUCAGUCGCAACAGCAUGCCGGCAUGCCGCAGUCUCAGCAGCACAUCCAGCAAGCGCAGAUGCAGCAACAGCAGGACCAUCUGUCGGCGCCUGUUCCGCCCCAGAUCCCCGUCUGUCGAUGUCUACGGCAUCCACAUGCCAAACGCUGGUGUGGGUGUGAACGGCGCUCCGAGUGCUCCCGGGACGACUGGUCUCCCAGGUAUGGGCGUCGCCGGCAACGUGGACACAGCUGGAGAGAUGGGAAUGGGAAUGGGCAUCGGCGCGAACGGUCGGCAGAUGAGCAGCGGAAACCUGUCGGUCAACUCUAUGGCCAGCGGAUGGGCGCGACGCGCGGGUCUGGGUAUCGGCGUGGACAUGGCUGCGCCGCAGACACCCGUGCGACAGGGAUCACAACCGCCUGCGUCGAUGACAUCCCCUGCGGUGCGGGGGCAUGCUGGCGCGCCUGGCAUGGAACGCAAACCUAGUGUCCAGGACGCCCUGAACCCGAAGACCUCCCGAGUCACUAUUGUCCCGCUCGUCGAGUCGACGGCCCGGAUAGCGUCGCUCGCGCCGGAGGAGAUCGCAGACGUCAAGAAAUGGAUGGAGGCGUGGUGGGAGAAGGACUCAGGGGGUCCUGGCGCGAAGAGGCCGGAGAAAUGGAGCCUCUCUGGCUUGAAACAGAGCAAGGAGAAGGAGAUCAAGGAUAAGAAGCGCGCGGGCAAGAGAGAAGGUUUCAAGCCACGCCAAUCGUCCGAACAGCUCGUACCCAUACGUCUCGAGUUCGAUGUCGACCAUCACAAGAUGCGGGAUACCUUCGUCUGGAACCUGAAUGGUAAUAACUUGCUCUAUCAACUGCCAUCCGUCAUCACUCCUGAGUUUUCGCUCAAUCUAUGUGGACGAUUAUGCCUGCCACCGAACUAUCACUCCGUAAUCACGAAGGCCAUACAAGAUCAGCUCAGCGACUUCAAGGCGCAUUCCACUACCUUCGGCGAGGACGGAGUAUUCGUGUCAUCCGAUACGGAAGACAUCCAGAGUGGGACUAUUGACGACAAGGAAGCCGAAUGGUGGGAGUCAUGGAGGACACUAUCCGUUCUCCAAAUUCCACAAGCGCGCCUUGGACGUGCUGAUUUACGGGGUCACAAGCGUCGGAAGGUCAUCAAAGAGGAGCAACCGAUGCUGGUGGAUGACUUUGACGAAGAUGAAGACUCGAUGCAGGAGGAGCUGCGGAUAUUGGUCAAGCUGGAUGUGAUCAUUGGUUCUGUCAAGCUCGAAGAUCAGUUCGAAUGGAAUCUGGAGAACGGUGACCCGACGCCCGAACAGUUCGCAGACACAUAUUGCCAACUGCUAUUGCACAUUCAUCCGCGAGCAGUGCAGAUCUACCAGAAAUCCUUCCAGGACGACGACCUGCGCAUGUCCCUUCUGCCGUCACUCACCACUGGCGCGCGUGCGAUCGACCAGGUUCGCAUUCACCCCGAUCCUCAACUACCUCAGCGACAGCGAAUCGAACGCAACGAGAAGGAGCGCGAGAAGGAACUCAACCGCCGUAGGAGGAAGACCACAAGGGGUAGGCGAGGAUCGCCCUACCAGACCGCGAACCACCAAAGACGUUCCGUACGCCUGCUAUGGUUCCCGGAAGUCGACGCGGCGACACUUGCGGCAACGAGCGGCUGCCGCGCUGCUUCGCAUAACAUCGCCAACAUGAUUGCCUCGGAAAAUGGUACGCCUACGCCGCUCGCGCCUAUUGCCCCUACCGCACCGAAGGAAAAGAAGCCGAAGGGUCACUUCAAGCGCCCUCAUUCCCUUCCAGCGUUCUGCGCCCACGAGUCAAUGUCCGUGGGCGACCUGCCGUUGCCGAGCAGCAGUGCAGGAGCAGACACUAAAGGCGCGAGAGUUGUCUUAUCGGCGAAGCGGACAAAGGAACUCGAGCGGGAAGCCAAGGAGAAAGAGUACGCUGAUGGUCAGCAUCCGAACAUGAUCGACGGUGUCUGGCAUUGCUCGAACUGUGGCUGUCCUGAGGAUAUCGCCGUGGGACGCAGAAAAGGCCCGCUUGGAGACAAGUCGCAGUGCGGUACAUGUGGCAAGUUCUGGCACAGACAUCGUCGGCCUCGCCCGGUUGAGUAUAAUCCAGAUCGAACGUAUCAUCGGAAUCUCGUUAUAGAAGCCGACCAAGCACGUAUAGCAGCCAAGCGUCGUCGUCCUCCACCAUCUCAGGUUGACGACCAGUCAGCGAAGGCUGCACUCGAAGACGGCGAUGCAGAACCGGAACUCCUCAUUGCCAAAGGCGAGGUCCCUGUGGAGGAGCCUCAGCCGUCCCUCGCUGCCGCGAGGGCGAUGUCCCCGAUGUCGACUGCCUCAAGCGCUUCGGAGUCGCCACUCGCCAGCGCUAAUGGCGAUGCGGACGCGAGUGCCGCGGCUCCACCCACGGGUUCGCCACCUCAACCGCCGCCGUCAGCACCCCCCAGUACGAACGCGAACGUGGUAGGUGUAACUAGGGCGUCGAUGCCUGAGUGGCUUCAGCGUGCUAUGGCGGAUAUGCAGGCGAAAUACCCGGACGACAGGUUCGAAGCGACGGCUCGGAAGCCAACGGCUCCGAACGCGACCGCGCUUGAAUGGCGUCUCAAGUGCCUGGACUGCCCCGGCAAACUGUAUACCCCUGGUCCGGGAGAGACGCUACAAAACUACGAAGUGCACCUGCGCAACCGCCAGCAUCGCCAAAAAGUCACUGUACGCGUUGAGCCGCACAAGCACCGUCAUAAACCCUGAGCGCUGUAUAUCACUGUCCGUCUUCCGUUCGACUGCCGUUGCCGUUAAAUUGUUGUUGUCGACUUAGCCCUUGUCAUUGUAGUAUGUAUGCUUAGGUAUCUAUCCCCGACGCGUGUCUUUGUAGACUAGUCAUGGACUCUUCGAGUGACGUUGAAAUCGAACUUAAGCGAUGAAUAGGCCACUGCGUGCGGAUCAGUUAAUCAGGUUCCCGUCCCGCCUGAGUACUUA